CUCUCCCAACCCUCAAUGAAGCUUCAGCAUCCCAAGUGUUCACUCUUAUAAGAGAAGUCCCAGCCAGCUCAAUGCUCACAUCUUGAUAUACUUGAUUCGAUUGAUACCUCAAUUAACAGCCCAGCUCAUUAACAACCACAUUCUAGCCAUCUCCUCCAAUAUGCCUCGUCCGGUCCCAGCCCCCAGGCCGAACACUUCUCAGAGCUAUGCUUCCACUUCAUAUCAGCUUACCGGAACAUUGUCAGCCUCGCGGACACCCUAUGACUCUUCACAAACUCCUUAUGGGCCACGCCCCAGCACCGUUCGGCCCAGUUCGACUUACCCCAGCCGUCCAGGUACUGCAAGACCAAGCUCGACAUACCCGAGCCGACCUGGCACUGCUCGUCCAUCCACUGGCCGACGAUCAAGGUCGAGAGGUGGAUCUACCAUUGGUGGGGGCGAAAGUCAACAAAUUGUUUGUGCCAUCAGCGAAGGAAGAGGAGUCUCUCCAACUGUCGGACUUGCAUUUGUGAAUAUCACUACAGGAGAGGCAGUCCUAAGUCAAAUAUGUGAUAACCAGUUCUAUGCCAGGACUAUCAACAAGUUACAUGUCUUUGAUCCCACCGAGAUCUUGAUAGUGUCAACAAGUGGUCCGCCAAACAAGAAGUCAAAUAUGUACUCCAUUGUGGAGGAGAACAUCAUUGGCUCAAGAAUCAUCACCGUUGAUCGCAAAUACUGGUCAGAAACAGCGGGUCUUGACUAUAUACAGGAUCUGGCCUUUACGGAAGACAUUGGAGCAAUCAAGGUAGCAGUCGGUGGAAAUUUCUUUGCAACUUGUUGCUUCGCCGCGGCUCUGAAGCACAUCAACUUGAGCAAGUCUCUGUCAUUCGCGUUCCAUUCUCUUCGUAUCAGAUUUCAGCCCUCCGAAGGCUCUAUGAUGAUUGACCUUGCCACAAUCCAAUCCUUGGAGCUGAUACAGAACCUUCAAAAUGCCAAAUCCAAAGCUUGCCUCCUCGGCAUCAUGAACCAAACAUUGACACCAAUGGGACUUCGACUUCUCAGACUCAACAUAUUACAGCCUUCUACCCAAGCCAGUGUCCUUGAACAACGGUACGAUGCCGUUGGAGAGCUUUCCACCAAAGAGGAUAUGUUCUCACAAAUACGAGAAGCUCUUCGUGCUAUUCAAGACAUCGAACAAUUACUCAGCAGUUUGAUCAUCAUUCCCCUGCACCCCGAUAUUCAGCACUCGGAACAGUCCAUCAAUAGAGUUUUGAUGCUCAAAAGUUUCGUACAAUCUGUUCUUCCUCUAUUCGAAGCACUCGCAGGUGCCCGAUCUCGACUGCUCUGCGAUAUACGGGAAAAUUUUCAGCCAGGUCUGCUUACCCCGACAAUGGAGUUCAUCCAAAAUGUGAUCAAUGACGACGUCACGUACCAGAAAACUCCUCUCGACUUACGUAACCAAAGAACAUAUGCUGUGAAAUCUGGGGUCAGCGGUCUUCUCGAUGUUGCUCGACAGACUUUCAAGGAGAUCACGGAGGAUGUGCAUCAACAUGUCACAGAUAUUAACCAGCGCUUUGACAUUGUUGCGGAAACCCGAUAUGACAAUGCUCGUCGCUAUUACCUCCAGCUGUUCGAGAGCGACUUUGAGGGUCGGUCUAUCCCGGAUAUCCUCAUCAACCGAUACCUAAAGAAAGGUAGAAUCGAGUGCCAGACUCUGGAGCUUAUGAAGAUGAAUCAAAGAAUCGAGGGGUCUCAUCAGGAAGUGGUCUUGAUGAGUGAUCAGACCAUCCAGCAAUUGAUCGAUGACAUUCGCGGAGAGAUCCCGGCACUUUUCCGCGUUUGCGAGAGUAUCGCCUUACUGGACAUGAUCGCCUCUUUUGCACAUCUUGCGACAACCAACGAGCAGCAAGUUGAAUAUACACGACCACAAAUUACGGAUUGUAUCGCAAUUUCGGCUGGUAGACAUCCCAUUCGAGAAAGGAUACACAAAGAAAAGUUUGUCCCGAACGAUGCCUAUGCUAGUGAACAAACACGCUUUCAGAUCAUAACCGGUUGUAACAUGAGUGGGAAAAGUACAUACAUUCGAUCCAUUGCCCUCAUGUGUGUAAUGGCUCAGGUUGGCAGCUUUGUACCUGCAGAAUCUGUCACCCUCCCACUGAUCACCCAGCUCUUUGCUCGAGUCUCUAUGGAUGAUUGCAUUGAAGCCAAUGUCUCAACCUUUGCAUCGGAGAUGAGAGAAACUGCAUUCAUCUUAAGGAACAUCGACAAGGGUAGUCUCGCGAUCAUCGACGAGCUUGGUCGCGGUACCAGCAGUCGAGACGGACUUGCCAUAUCUUUGAGUAUCGCAGAAGCUUUAGUUGGCAGUGGGGCUUUUGUCUUCUUUGCAACUCACUUUCGUGAGCUUGCUCAAAUCCUCCAGAACAAGGAGGGAGUCGUUAACAUGCACCUUGAGGUUGAUUUCGGACAAGAAGACACGAUGGCAAUGCUCUACAAGGUGCGAAAUGGCUACGUUCAGGAGCAACAUUAUGGCUUAGCUGUAGCUCGUGUCGUAGAUCUUCCUCCACGGGUCUUACAGGUGGCGGAGCAAGUAGCAAACGCGCUAGAAGCCCAGGCAGCGGCCAAGAAACAAUCUUCGAAAUCAUUGGCGCUGGCGAAGAGGAGAAAGUUGGUCAAGAGUCUGAAAGAACAGCUGGAGCAGGCUGCAAAAGGUUCAAUGGAUGAUAAAGCACUAACAAGCUGGCUAGUCGGGCUUCAGAACGAGUUCGUCCUUCGCAUGGACGCUAUAGAUACCCAAAUCGAGAGCAGCGACGCGGAAGAGGCUAUUCCAUCUGAAAGAGGUGGCAGCAGAGGCGAAGGGUCGCUCCACGAUGAAACAAGGAGUGGAGAUGAGGAUGAUGAAAGUUUGCAGUAAGUGGGAAACAUGUGGGAUCAAACAUUUGGCUUUCUAUUGCAACAUAUGUAGCUCCUUGUGUGCUCUAGCAUUGAUAGUCCGCCUUAUUGCAUUAGCAUAGCUGGAUGUUCCAUGUCGGCCCAAACAAUUGGUCCUCUUCGGGUGCCUGUCGUUUCAUUAUUCUUGAAUUAUCAGACUCAGAAUGACUAGCCUUCAUUCAAACGAUCGGCGGAAGGGGAACCUUCUACAAAGCUGGUGUUGGUACAACAGACUCUGCAUGCCUCUGACACUAUCAUUCUUAGCCCAGUCUUGUUUGGUCCACACAACGAGCCUUGGAUGAAGGUCUUUGCGAAGACUUCUCUAUCUGAGAGUAAUUAGAAGGUUGUAUGCAAAGGAGAUGUCUUGUAUGUGUGCCGAACGGCAACUUGCAGGACUCGGUGAUCUCGUUCAACUCCUCCAUUGUUUUGUGGAGUGCGGGAAAGGUUGAAGUUUUUUGCCGUGACAAGCCUUCGUCACGACUUGACUGGACUGCUGCGGCUUCGAGACUAAAACUGUGUUCUGGCAGAGGUGUGUUUAUAAAACAGCGAUGGAUGGAUGCUAAGCCCAAAACGUAGUUGGGGAGAUUUAGAUGCCCGAUACUGAGUCUUCCACACAAACAAGUAUGGCUUCAAACCUGAUCCUACCGCCAAAUAUAGGGUCCGUCCUCCUCCCACUAUCUUACAUCACUUUUUCCACAAUAAUUUCAUCCUCCGAAGCUCUGAGCUCUCCCGGCCCAUGAAGACUCAGAGCCAGAAAUCCAAGGAUCAGAGCGUUCGCAAACAAGACCGCUUGCGAAGUGGCUUGGUCGACCUCCCACAUGUAUAAGAUAGCAUUGCUGACAGCAAGGAGUAUGCAUGUGACUCGAGGGGCAUAUGUGAGGAUCGUUCUCUCAAUCAUCAGCAUCUGUUGUUUCUGCGCAGUUCAAAUGUCAGUACCAAUGACACCGCAAGGGUGGACAGAGAAGCCUCACGUUGACCAUAUUUUAUCUGGGAGACCCGAACAAGACCCGUUUUGCCCAAGGAAAAUUUGAGUCAUUGGAAGAGGAGUUGUGGGCAUCUACUUAUAUCUGUUAGCUGGCACAUGCAAUGGUGACCUGAAUCGGGC